UCAACUACACCGAGAAUAUUGCAAUUAGCCAACAGCGAUAAUUUAAACAGACACAACUGCUCCGCCGAUGGCUUCGUUUAAAAAUUGCAAACAACCUUCAAAGUUUGUUCCCUCAAGAAAGUUAGUAGUUGACUUGUGUGUUUAACUUAACACAGAUAAACUGACCCGCGUUACUUCUGUUGAGAGAAAAACAGAUUCUUCAGCCCUAGGCGUAUUUUUCUUGGGGAAGUGGAUGAUAAACCCAUCCCGCACUUUUCAAGAAUAGAAUACCUUUUUUCUUUUAAAUACUUUCUUGCAUACCCCCCAAAUAAAGAAAACGCCUCCCCCCAUCCAUUCACUUUUGAAAACAAAGCCUUCAGCUAGUUCGUGAGUUGCUUUCUUCCAUCUCGACGUGUAUGCACACAAAUAUCUUCAGCCCACAGGCUAGGUGGAAUACAACAACGCAUAGUGGUAUCGUUAAAAACUGCUAUGUAAAGCCAACCUGUCAGGCUAAGCAGUACAUGGCCGCCACAAGGUCGCGUGCCUUUACCUGGUACACUGAUCACUGUUGGCUGACGUAAGUGCUAAUUUCUUUGUCAAUAGCAUGUUCAGUUGAAAUGCAUACGUCACGUCAUGAUCUCUUCUAGGAAAAACUUGAGGCCGAAACGAAACAGAAGUUGCAUUUCAUGGAAUAAAUGUGUUGGAAAGAAAACGUUGACACUCGGCACCUUCAACAAAUCAGACAUCCGGGCUCAGGGAGUCCAGAGCGCAUGCACCUGAAUUCUUGGGUAACUAUAUGCAGCCUAGUAACGACUAGGCCAAUGUGCACGUGCUCUUCUUAGCUCAAAGUGCUCUGGGUGCCAGUGUACGACAAGUUGUGGGGUUGGAACUCCUUAUGUACUGUACAGGAGAACACGCGUUUGAAGAGUAUAAAGGCCAUUUCCGUUGAAGCAAGAGUAAACCGUAUAGUUGUAUCCGGUUUAUCAUUAUCCAAAACCGGAUGAAGACUCUAUUAGGCAGUUAUAGACGUGAUUUAGCAUACAUCUAUCCUUGAGUUAUACACCAGUGUUUUUACAUCUUGCGGUUUCCACAUUAGGAAUGAUGACGUAAGGGAGAGAAGUCAUGGUGUUAACCUGAAAAACAACAGAAUCAUUCAAGUGACGAGAGUGAUUUAGCAGCCGUCCCCCCAGAUCUGAUUCAACAACAACCUAAAAUUUUUCAUUGCAAUUCUACUCACAAGAAAUCAGUUUGAGAGAUUUCAACCUCUUCCCAUAGUCAACCCCUUCAUCCUAGGCACCAUUCUAAUGACCCAACUCUUUCCAAAACUUCAAUGCCUUUCCUAAGGUAUGGAUACGAAUAUCACUUUGUGGCAGUUUCUGUUGGAGUUGUUGCUGAGCAAUAAGUAUAAUCACAUCAUAACGUGGACAAAUAACGAAGGUGAAUUCAAACUGGUGAAUGCAGAAGAGGUGGCUCGUAUGUGGGGACUGCGGAAGAACAAAUUGAAUAUGAAUUACGACAAGCUAAGCCGUGCCUUGAGAUACUAUUAUGACAAAAAUAUAAUUAAAAAAGUAUUAGGGCAGAAAUUUGUUUAUCGUUUUGUAUCGUUCCCUGAAAUAGUGAAGACUGAAAACAAAAUUCCGUUCCGUGUAAAGAUGGAGAACAUUACAAAAACAAGCGGAAUUAUUUUCCAGAGGGCGCCCUUCAUUCCAUAUACGAUGUCUACUUCUGAAGCUAAAAUUAUCGCUUCUUACCAACAGGCAGUUCCGUUAGACUUAAGAGAAAACAAUGAAAAGAAAAACGACGAUUCUAAAGUUAAGAGAUCCUCUUCUGUUCUUCAAGUGCCUAGCGUUACAUCUUUGAAUCGAAAUUCUCCAGUCCUGCACAUGGCAGUGUUAAAUGAAGAUGAAGUGAAGAAGUCGAACGAAAACGAUGAAUAUUCGAAGAUAGAUCACAGUAAGGAUAAUAUUGAAAGCAAGAUUUCUUUUGAGCCAGCAUCUAAACGAAUGAAAGUUGAAAUUGAUACAGAUUCCAGGUCGUCUUCUGUAUCCUCACCGAUAUCUGUUGCUCCAGCUACAUCUUCAUUUAUAGUGGUUUCACCUGCUGUUACAACUUCUAAAUCAAAACCAAAACCACCACCCAUAUUGACUGUCCCAUCAAGCAAUGCGAAGCUGUCUUUGAGUAGUUUUGCUUCUUUGCAAACACCUAUAGUCACUUUCGCCAGUCCAUAUUUACCACAAGGAAAGAACUCCUUGAUACCUUUACCGAUAUGGAGCCCUCUAAGUCCAUUCUCCCUAACAAGUCCCCAUUACUCUCCUCGAACAACGACACACUUUCAAUUUCCACCAAACACUGCUACAAUUAGACUUGGUUCAUAUUCACCGCUGACCCCGUAUUUUACAAAUCCCUUUUCUCCUUUCGAUGAGAACACUGUGUUGAAAACAAAUUCAAUUCCUGUUGAGCAAUAACUCAAUCCUGUUUAAAGACAAUGGCAAUUCUUAUGUCCAUUACAAUGGACUUUAGUCUUCCUUAUUUCACCAUUUCGUAUCAUGACUAAUUCAUUCCCAUUCCAGCUGUGUGUGUGAUGUUUAUAUAACAAAACAAAAGCCAGAUGUAUACAUAUCGUAGUUGUUAUUUGACAGAAUAACAAUUUUAUUAAAAUGGAAAUAUACUAACGCCCCAAAUUAAUAGUUGGAUGGCUUAAUUGAAAUAAAAGGAAAAAAGAUGUAUAUGUAUAGAUGUAAAUAGAUAUGCGUAUGUAAUAUGUUAGUAUAUACGUAUAUAAAAUGUUAAGAUGUCCUUCACUGAAGUGUAUUUGGUACUGUAUUGAAAUCUUUGGUUAAUAUAUUGUUUACGCAUAUAUAUAUAUAUACAGUAGAAGAAGAAUUUUUGAAAGAAGGCAAAUAUUUAAAAUCACGUUAGGUCAUUGUAUAUUCAAAGAACAAGGUAAACGUCACGAACCAACAUCUUAAGUUUGAGAUUUAGAGGGAUAAUUUGUUAAUUUUCUGGAAAGGAAUGGGAUGUCUUAUAUCAACUCAUGCUUUCUUACGAAACAUCACGUUUCCAUUCUUAUCUAAACAAAUCUUACUAAACGUUUGAAUAUUUCUUUUGGAAGGUACCAGAUUAAAAAUGUUUAUUCGUACAGAGGGUGCUGACACCUCGUACACCUAAAUAAAUACAUCUGCUAAGUAUCUCACAAUACUCAAUAUUUGACGUUACAAAAUUUAACGAAAUUUAUUCAGAUUUGCUCAAACCAUCUUUUUUUUUCUUUGUAAGCUGCAUAAUAUCAACAGGACCGGCCUUAGCAUUUUUUUUAGCCCCCCAUUUCUAAUUUUACUGUAUUUUUUUAUAGGGUGAAUAAGAAUAGUUCAAGUUUAAAUAAGAAAGUACAUGUGUCCACAAUGGUAUUUAUUAAUUAAGAAUUAUUGUAAGGCGACCACUAAUAUGACUGUAUGACUUUCGGAGUUGCCCAGUGAGUCAGCAGUCAAUUUACGGAUUUACAACGGUGAAAUCCAUGGUUCGAUUCCCCGCGAUGGGUAGAAUGCAGAUAACCCAUUGCGUGUAGCCUAGCAUUAAGAAAACAAAAACUGCUGACGAACUUGAGUUAAGGAAUAAACAUCAAAAGUUGAAUAAUAUACGUUACGAAAUUUAAUGUCUUUUUUUGUGUUUUCUGUAAUUGUAGCCAGAGAACAAGUUUUGAUUUUUGUCAUUUCCUUUAAUUGAUUGUUUGAAGUUACGCAAAAACGCUACACAAUGGGCUAUCUGUUCUGUGCCCACCACGAGUUUGGAAACCCGGCUUUUAGCGUUAUAAGUCCACGUGCAUAUCGGGGACCCAUUGGGGGAAGUUUUUCCUUUAAUUUAUGCCAUAAAAUCCGAUGUAAUAAUUAUAUAAAUGUGGGGUUUCUUGCAGUUACAAGUGCUUCUGGUGCAUUAAGGCCGUACCUCAAUACCAAGUGAUAUUUUCUUGAUACAUCUUUAAAUAAAAUGUUUUGGAUAAGUUCAACUUAAACAAAGCUCAGAAUAUAUUAUGACGUCAUCAGUUAUUUUGAGCUGUGUCAGACUGCCAUCUGAGGAAUACUAAAGCUGAUAAACCAGUUUUAAUUUAAGAAGUUUUUCGUUAUUUAUUACUAAAAGUUAUCCAAAUUACGCAUGUUAAGCCUAUUUCCAGAAAGGUUAAAUCGAACCUCUUUGUUGAGCAUAUAAUAAAUUAUGAACAGUGGUAUUAAGCUUUGAAUUAUUGUCGAAAAUGCACAUUGAUUUCAGAAAAAUGUUUAAUUCGUAAUUGGAAAAUUAAAAAAAAACUCCCUUUUUCUUGAAAUUAUACAUAUAUAAUAUGUGCAUGUUUUAUAUUUUUAUUCUUCUAAUAAAGUGGGAUCAAGAGUGGAUAAAUCUCAAAUGGAAAAACAUUUCUCUCGCCAAUAACCCUUAAACUAUUUCCUGUUGUAGUUUCGUUCUAUUUUACGAACAAACGACAUGCCUCAAUCUAAUGAUGACUCUGAUUGGUUAACAAAUCAGUAAGAGCUUUCAACACAAGAUAACAAUCCUUGCGACUUUUUUACUGACAAACGAUACGUCCGGAUGUAAUGAUGACUCUGAUUGGUUAACAAAUCAGUAAGAUCUUUCAACAGAAGAUAACUUCUUUACAAGUUACACAGAAUACGUAUGUUUUAAUUGGCGUAUUCGAUGUAAAUACAAUUAUUUUUUUAAUCAUUGCCAUUUUGUAGUAAACCAUUUACUACACGUGGAAUUGUUUUAAAAUCAAAAUUUCGCGUCCGAUCUCGCAGUCUGUAUCUAUCCCCUUUUAUUUCGGACUUGCUGGUUGUUAAUGUAAUAAAAUUUAAUGGAACUUACUUCUGAUAACAAGUUUCGUAGUAAACCAUUUACUACACGUGGAAUUGUUUUAAAAUUAAAAUCUCGCGGUCCAUAUCUAUCCCGUUUUGUUUCGGGCUUGUUGGUUGUUUGGUGUGAUAAAAAUUAACAGUUUGUUUGUUUGUUUGAAGUUAAGCACAAAGCAACACAAUUUACCAUCUAUGCUCUGCCCACCACGGGUAUCGAAACCCGGAUUCUAGCGUUGCAAGUCCGUAGGCAUACCGCUGUGCCACGGGAGGGGGGGGGGGCAAAAUUUAACGACCUUACUUCUGAUAACAAGUUUAAGUUUGCACACGAACCGCCACAAACCUCUGGAUGUAAUUCCAGGAGUGGUUAGCGUGUCGUACUAUAUAACAGUACUUUGGGGCCGUAGGUGUGUUAUAAAAAAUUGUUCCAUUCCCACAAUUUUGUUAGACAAGAGUUCAAAAUUAAGGACAACUGAAGUAGAUAUUUCUUGAAUAGCUCUGCGCGAAUAUCCAGAAAAACAAACAAUGUAUUAUUAGCAAAGGUGUUUUUAAA